AUGCUCACCAGCAUCCUAUCGCGUCUCUGCCCAUCAUGGCUCCCUUCAUUUCAAACAAAUCGUACCCCAACCCCAGCAACCAGCCGGAACCCCGAUGCCCCACCCCUCGACAUCGAAGACGAACCCCUCGAAAUAGCCAUCAUAGGCUGUGGUAUCAUCGGCGCAAUCCUAACCCUCGGCCUCCUGGCCAAAAACAUCAAAGUCACAGUCUACGAGCAAGCUCGGGGUGCCCGCGAAGCCGGCGCCGGAAUCGCCUUCACGGCCAACGCCCGACGGUGCAUGUCGAUGAUUGACGAGCGUAUCGUUGACUGUGUUGCUGCCGUAUCUACGACGAACGGGGACCCAGGGAAUCCGAAUAAUAAUAUGCAGUUUAUUGAUGGGUAUACUCAUGACCCCGAUGGUCUGGAUGAUAUGAGCUGGAAGAAGCUUUAUGAGUUGGCGACGGGGCCAAAGGGGUUUGAAGGGUGUCAUCGGGCGCAUUUCUUGGAGGAGAUUAUGAGACUCAUUCCCGGGGGUGUGGUGAGGUUAGGGAAGAGGUUGGAUCGGGUCGAGGAUUAUGAAGUGGGCAAGGUUUUGUUGAGGUUUUGUGACGGAAGUGUUGGAAGGGCGGAUGCUGUUAUCGGUUGCGAUGGCAUCAAGUCUCGUGUGCGCGAGCUCAUCCUCGGCGAAGGUAAUCCCGCCUCCUAUCCGCAUUACACCCACAAGGUAGCCUAUCGAGGGUUAAUCCCCAUGGAACAAGCGACGGCUCGAUUGGGUCACUACCGCGCCCACAACCAGCAUAUGUAUGGCGGUCCGAACGCGCAUGUCCUUCAUUUCCCAGUCGCCAAGCAGACACUCAUGAACGUGGCGGCCUUCGUUACGGACCCCAAUGACUGGCCCCUCGACCGCAGUAUGUCACAGCUGGCGACGAAAGAUGAAGUAGCGGGCGCCUUUGCGGAUUGGGGCCCGACGGUGAGAGACAUAAUUGAUCUACUGCCAGUUGAGUUGGAGAAAUGGGGUGUUUUCGACUCAUUAGACUAUCCUGCACCGACCUACUCGCGCGGACGCGUGUGUAUCGCUGGUGAUGCGGCUCAUGCGUCGUCACCGCAUCAUGGUGCCGGUGCUGGUAUUGGCAUUGAGGAUGUGUUGGCGUUGGCUGUUCUGUUGGACAUGGUGCAGUCGCGUAUCAGGACUCCGGGUGGGCGGAAACCUGUGGCGCUUCAGGCCGCAUUUGCAGCAUUUAGUGCAGUGCGUCGUGACCGAUCCCAAUGGUUGGUGAGGAGUAGUCGCGAGGCUUGUGAGAUCUAUGAAUGGAAUGACCUGCAGUGCGGCUCUGAUAUGGAUAAGGGGUAUGAUGAGAUCAAACGCCGGUCUCAUAAGAUCUGGCAUUUCGAUAUCGAUGGAAUGUUGAGACAAUUGGAAGUAGCGUAUAGAAAGCAUCUUGGGGCAUGA